GCUGUGUCUCAAGGCCAACCCAGUUAUGUGUUGGAACUGGACAGAUAACUGAAGAGACGGGGGGGAAGGAGGGAGACGGGAACAGCAGCAGACUGACUUAUUGCAUGACUGAGGUCUCAUCACAGAGAUGCUUCUGGUGAACAAAUUGAUGAGGGUGAGAAGCAAAGCUUAUUCAGAACCACAGGCAAUCGAGUUUGGAGGAGGAACAGGAAGUGGUGAACAGAGCAGAGACACCUGAACCUAGGGGUAAUGUCCCAGUUUGGAGGGAUUGACUUCACCCCGGCAUCUGUCUGAUGGUGACUAUUCGGUAAUUACAAAGGAGAUAUGACACACAACGGCACAGUGACAAGCAAUGGCAGCACCAAGAAGGGAGAAGAACUCAAAAUUGUUAUUGUGGGUGACGGGGGAUGUGGGAAAACCUCCCUUCUAAUGGUAUAUGCUAAAGGAGACUUUCCAGAGAAGUAUGCUCCAUCUGUGUUUGAGAAAUAUGUUACCACAGUCACCUAUGGAGGAAAGGAGAUUCGGCUCAACCUCUACGACACGGCUGGCCAAGAUGACUAUGAUCGUUUGAGGCCCCUGUCCUACCAGAAUGCCAACCUGGUGUUAAUUUGUUAUGAUGUGACCAACCCCACCAGUUUUGAAAAUGUUUUAAUCAAGUGGUACCCGGAAGUGAACCACUUCUGUCGUGAUGUUCCAGUUAUUCUGAUUGGCUGUAAGACUGACCUACGGAAGGACAAAGAGCGUACUAGGAAGCUCAAAGCCAUGGACCAGGCUCCCAUCACAUACACACAGGGCGAAGAGACCAGGCAGCAUAUGAGUUCUGAGCUUUAUUUGGAGUGUUCAGCCAAAUACCGGGAGAAUGUGGAAGAUAUUUUCAGAGAGGCAACUAAAAAAGCCCUUGCAUUCAGCCGCAAAGCAAGACACCGUACAAAGAAGAAGCACUGUGUGGUUCUGUGACCUAGUUCCAGUGAAAGGACAGAGGUCAGAAGAGCGUUGUCACAACAGGACGACCCGUCGCCUGGUCUUACGUGCCAAAUCUACACCAUCUGCUGCUUGUCCAUUAGGAAACAACUGCCUGCCACAUCCUGGGUCGUUCCCAAGUAAGCUUCAACAAGACACCAUGGUGGAGACCACAUCCCCAGCCAAUUCAUGCCUUUGGGAUCUGGACAAUGAUAUCGAACACUGACCUAAUGUCUGCUAAGGUUUUUAAGGAUGGAGAUGGAUUCCUGAGUAGGUGUUAUUAAUAGCUGCCUACACAUAAUGUCAGGGUGCAAGUGAGCGAAUUAUAAAAGUAGAUUGAGAUUGUUUCAUAGAAGGUAUUCCAAUGUCUCUUGAUAAGUUACUAUUUUUUGGUCUUCUGUAUUAUUAGAGUUAUUUCAUCAGGGUGGUUGAUUGUCAAUGUCAAGUAAGUUUUAGAUGCACUGACUUACUGUACUUUGUAUUACUUGAUUAACUCAUCUAUUUCCGGAAGCCUUCUGCGGAUGGAUUUCUACUCAGGGAAAAUGUCCUUAUUAGACAUGUUAAUGUAAGCUUAUCCAUUCUACAGAGAACGAGUAUACUCUUCGCAUGUUUGUAAAGAGUAUAGCAUCAUCUGAAUGAGAUGCUGAACCGUUUUCAUUGGCAGAAGAAUUUACAACAACUUCCUGCUAGUGUGGUUGAAUGCUGAAACCGCCGCUCCUUCCAUUACCUGAACAACUAUUUAUUGCCGUUCAAUGUUAUAGACGAUGCCCACUAGUGGUGGUUGCUAUGAAAAACUGACAACACUGUCACGUAGUAGAUAGGCAACGGAAUAAAAUGGGAAGCUGAUUGAUGUA